AUGGGAUUGUCCCAAGAAACAACAUUUCUUGCCUGGUGGAUUUGGUGUAGCGCAUUCUUGCCGGUGAGUUUCGUUGUCGCCUGGGUACCCCGAAGACCCACUACGCUUUCACGGAAUUCAUGCCGUCGACGUCCUCGGAAGAUACCGAGUGCCAGCUGGCAUUCGAAUAACGUCGCAUUACGCUUCCCGAUCGAGCUCAAGAGUAUACAACGCUCCAGGGAUUUGGCCGUGUCCACGGCUCUCUCUUUGUUUGCUUUCAAGAAUGGCCCUGACGGGGACGAUACGAAUCAAGAACAAUCUAAUCCAGGACAAGGAACGCAGGAAAUUGACGACGAUGAGAAUGAGAAAGACAAACCAAGUUGGAUACGAGCGAUUCGACAGUGGCCCUUGCGCGAAAGCAACGCCGUCAGCGGCAGUGGUGUUGACCAGUGGUUGCUGGGAGGACCUUUGCAAGAUCACGAAGCCGAUUGGUUGGAAGAGAUCGUUGGCGGAGGUGGCGUCACGGACGAGGACAACUCCACAUUACCGAGCUCUAGCGUCUUGAAGUCGGUCUCUUCCUCCAGAAUCUCGUCUUCGUCUACUAGCUUUUUACGACCCCUUGUUAGUCUACUCAACAUGGAAGCUUUGCUUUUUGAUUACGAUGAAGCGCAGACCGAUAAUUUUGCCGGUGACUCUGCUGGUAAUGAAUCUACAGGCCGGACUUUGGUUGCGAGCGACUCGUUACCAGGCUCAUCUUCGACAAAUGCAAGUCAAAUUUUUGCCUCUAUCCUACCACUUUCUGCGACACUUAGUGCAAACACAACGGCAUCGCUGGCCCGAGGAAUUGCAACUGAUUGGACGGUAUUGGAAGAACUUGGUCGUUUGGAUCAGUGGGCUGACAGCAUCCGGCGGGGUAUAUCCACGGCCGACCCAAAGACAUUUUCCAAGUCUGCCGAAGCUGUUCUGAAACAAGCCACGACCCGCAUCGAAUCUCUCGUCGCCGACGCCUCGGCCGUGAUUUCUCCCGCGACACUACAAGCAUUGAUCAAUCGCGCACGUCAAGCCGUUCCACCGAGCAACAUCAAUUUAUUGGUAGGCAGUGAAAACAAUGUAACAUCUUCGGGGGAAAUGCCGAAACAGGUGGAUCUGAUUGAGGCCGCCAAACGGCUUGCCCUAGAUCGGGGAUUGGACGUGGCCGAAGCCGCGGAACGAGCGCGUGAAACAACUGCCUACGCUGUCAGUCUCGUCACGGUUGCCGAUGGAGUCAUUCGCAAAGGCUACGUGGACGGCGACUUUAUUGCGCAGCGACAGCGUGAACUGCAAAACAAAUCCGAUGCGGUGAUGUUGGACGACGGCGUGGCGGAUGGCUCUCAGGCGCUUUUUGCAGAUUACCCAUCAGCGGAGGAGCUGAAUACGUAUGGUCCGAGCUUGGCACAGGCUGCCGAAAUGGGGGCCUUGUCAGGAGCAAUUUACGAAGAAACAAUACCCCGUACUCAUGCACUCAAUCAUGCUAUCGUUGCGCAAGGACGUACCAAGGACGUCUUUUGGAUGGUGACGGAUAAGCUACUAGUCAACGCUUCGGCUUUUAAUGAUCGGAAUGUGGCAUUGACGAAAGAUCCAAUGCUGGUCCGCACUCUUACAAUUCGGGGAUUUGACGCGUCCGACGAAGGUGUGGAUCGGGAGCGACUUAUAAAUGGUAUUUGUGCAGCUGCGCCGGAACGAUUAAAAUCCCAGCCUGAUGUGCUCAUUCAUUCUGGGCUCAUGAGUAUCGCCCGUGCAAUUUACAAAGACGUCAAGCAGUACAUUGAUUGGUGUGCUCCGACUCACAAAAUCAUUCUUAACGGGCACUCAAUUGGCGGAUCCCUAUCUUUACUUAUGCUCCUACUCAUGACCGAUGACAUGGGUCCGGAGUAUGUUCGGAAUAAGAUUCUUCGUGUCUUUACUUUUGGCAAUCCCGCCGUAGUUUGUCUUCGAAAGCCGCGUAGAAAAACAUCGGAAGCAGACGAGACCUGUGACAUUCUCAAAGCAUUUGAGUUGCCGACUAAUAUUGUCCACGGCUUUGCUCAACCUUGGGAUCCUGUUGUUCGGCUAUUCACACAAUACGAUCCACUUUAUCCGUUAGCCGGAGGACUUGGCGACGACGGCGUGACUCCUUGGGCAAACGGACCUCCACGAACGCUGCGCACAAUCACAAAAAAGAUUUUCGAAGCAUGGGAUGGCUGGCCUCGUUUUCGUGAGACCUUUCGAGGCCAAGCCAAUCAAAAUUACACUUCUGUUGGAAUCCAACAUAUUCUUCUUCCUGAACCAACCCGCUUUUUAGCGGACCGCUUUGUGGCUGUAAAUAUUCCCGUUCCUCCGAUUGAGACAGUUUUGAAAAUCUCUUCACGCGAACUGCUUCCAGCGUUGUGCAACGUUUUCCCACUGUCAACUUUUGAAAUUAGUUUUGUACCACAAGCGAUUCGGAGUUUUGUUCACCAUUUUUAUCCUGCGUACGAUAUGCCGCUUGUUGCGUAUGUGAGACGAAAAGCAAAAGGGAACGGAUCCUUGGGACCAAACAACAACGGAAGCGGCAAAUCGCCUUCACCUCCGAAGGCCAAGAAGGUCUCCAAGAAGACGGCGACCCAAUUUAAGGAACCAGCUUUGACAAACAGUGCCAUUGCUCCCUCCGAAGACAAUCGAAGUAUACUUACUGGAGACGAGGGUCCGUCUUGGAACCUAGCUGCACAAUGGCUCCAGGGCAAGGAGGGGCAGAUCGAAACUAAAGGUAACACCUAG